UGGAAAUUUUAUCUCAUUUUCCACUAAAAGGAUUGUUUACGUAUUUUGAAGUAAACAUUACCAUACUUUCCAGAAUUGGGAAAACCUUUAUCUUCUGUCUUAAUUGCAAUGUUGACUACUUGGUAAGAAAAGAAAAUAUGUAAACUUAUUCCUCCGAACAGUUUUCUAUAAAUUGCAUCAAUGUGGUCCUUUUCCAUUCUUUUUUUGUGGGGAAACUAAAGGUUUUUUUUACUGUACCAAAUACUGUAAAAGUACAUAUAUGAGAUUCUUUUGCAAGCAUUUAGUUCAUCGGUUCAAAUGAAGUUAACAAUUGACAUUAUCCCCUUUCUUUAUAAACUCUAACCACUCUUGUAGAUUGAUAUAUUUCAACCAGAUUAAACUUAAACUAUAUACAACCUUAAAUUGAACAGCAUCUUUACUGAAAAUAUUAGUAUCUAUACAUAACUUUUCAAUAAGUAAACAGUCCUUUAAAGUUCUCUCUAACAAAAUGAACUCCUCGAACAAAUCAAGUCAGGACGCUCUUGAUGACUGCAAUGUUGAAAGCUUAUCCUGGGAACCUUUCAUGGCUUUGGCUUUUCUGGUCCCCUCAAUCUUUUCCAACCUUUCAGCUGGUGUUAUCAGACUCUACAGGAACUCUGUUCCAUUUGCCAAACUGAACAUCAUCUUUAUCAUCAACUACUACAUUGUGGAGAUGUUCAAUUUCCUUAUCUCUUUAGGGGCUCUUGGUGCCAUUUGGGCAACCAUCAUCUGUAAACUACCAAUGUUUCUUGGAACUAUGGUUUUCAAAAGUAUGGAAUGGGCUGUGUUCACCAUGAUGGGAUUGAACAUAGUUCAGGCUGCCCUCAGGAUGCUGAUAGUUCUGAAGUUUGACCAAAUGAUGGAACUAGAACCGGAGAAAACUGCAAAACAACUGUUUCUGGCAACCCAGAUUAUCUACAUACCCAUCACCAUCAUCAACACAGUUGUAGAUCUCAAAAGAGAGUUUAUUCCUGGCUAUCUUGGAUACCUAACUGGGGCACAACCAUCCUUUGGACAUCCUAUUACCUUGUAUCUAAUUGCUGCCAAUAUCAUUCUUGCACUUCUUGCCACAGUAUUUGCAUAUACCUUUAACACUCUGUAUCUGAAUAACAAGCAUGCUCUGAUAAUCCGACAUGAAAUCGGUACUCCUCAGCAGAAUCUGAUCAGCCUGAAGAAACUGAUUUUGGGAGCACUAGUGAUGACACUGCUUAUAAUAGGACUCAUUUUAAUCAAAUUUUUAAUACCUCCUUGUAACAGACAACAGUCCCUGCCCUGGGCUAUCCUCUUCAACAUUCUAGCCAGUGUUCAACUCAUGCUUGCCAAAAAUGUAAAUGCAUGGAACCACUGUAAGCAAGUUCUGAGAAUUGAAAGAGAUAAUCUAGAAUUUUCAUCUUUUAAUCCAAGGCAAAUAUUUGGAAAAAGAAACAGGGUUUCUGCAAUUGCUUAAAGAUACUGUCAGCAAAAUUUCAGUCUCGCUUCCAAGCUAAGAUGGCAACGGCCAAUUCACAAGGGUACCAUUGAAACCUUUAACUUAUUAAUAAUGUGGAUUAAAUUGUCAAUUUUUUAAAAACUCAAAAAGUGUAUUUCUAAAUAUUGUAUGCUUCAUAUUUUUCCCUGCACAGUAUAAAUGUGCAAAUCACUUUUGUAAAGAACCCACAAUUGAAAAUAAUCUGUUUUCAAAGUUGAUUUCUAAUCAAAGCUUGAUCAGACAAAGCUGUUAAGGGUACCAAAGUGAGUCAAGCAUUGCAAUCUUUACAUGGAAUUUGAAGGUCACUUGAAAUUAUGCUUUUAGUCACCUUAAGGACUAAGGUAGAGGUAACUGAUCAAAACGGAACGUAUUUGUCAUUGGAUAAUAGCUUGCCAGGAUUCUCUCUAUUGUCUCUAUUUAAUUUUGGGAUCAAUUUGGAACUGUAAAGGGCUUACAAAACCUUCCCUGAAGCUAUGAUAAACCAUUAAAAGCUUUUGUAAAUUAAUGGCAGAAAUUUUCUCAACUGAAAAAAGACUUAAUGCAAUAAUUCCAGAUCAAUUCUUAACAGUUUCAGGAAAGGUCCUGUAAGACCUUUAUCAGGAAAAAUUGGAAACUCUAAUUUUCUUCUGAUGAAUUUGUAGUA